AUGAUUUUAUUGCUUGCCACUGCCUUGAUAUGGGGAACUACUUCCGGUCAAAGUGGUCGUUGUAGUUUCCCGAGACGUCAAGAGACCUCGGGAAGGAUCUAUAUGGAUGGAGUGGAUUGUACAGAGUAUUAUCAUUGUGAUGAGGCUGGGAAGGAACAUAUUAUUAAACCUUGUAAACUAGGAGAGGUGUAUAAUCCAUGGCGGAAUACCUGUACACCACCCGACAGUACGGUCAACUGUAAAUUAGAUCACCAAUAUUAUGAUAAGUUUGACAGACUGUGUAAUAAUGUUGAAGAAGGUAACCUUCCAAUGCCCAGCGAUCCCCGUAUGUACAUCUCCUGUUGGCAGAAGGCUUUCAGGUUCCCGCCAAUGGAAUGCCCCCAUGGUACCAUAUUUAAUGGCAUGAUGAGUAGAUGUGAGCAUAGUGAUAAUCGUCAAUAUGGGCAGAAAGUUGGUUCACCGCCAUCUGGAAAUCGCCGUUCAAACAACGUUCCGAGUUACGAAAUGCCAACUGAAAAUGACAAUGUUGAUAAGAUAAACAAUAUGCCUGGAUAUGAAAACAAUAUGAAUUAUGGAAAUCAACAGCCAACCAUGCAGAGUGGAAGGUCCCAGCAAGAUGCUGAAACGAUACGAAACAAUAGAAAUCCUGGAGACGUAUACCCACAAGUUAUCAAUGCUCCAUCGAAUGUUAGAGAUUAUAAUCUCGAGAACAUAUUGCAGAAUGGGGGACAGAACAACAACAGAAACCCAGAUCCCCAGGGUGGGAGACUGGAUGUACCAACUGUUCCCAGUGACCUCAAUCCAGGAGGUGAAGAUUUUAUUGGUCAUAAAGCUGGUGAUGCCAAGGAUUACAUGAUGCGAAAUAGAAUGAAUGGUAAUAGGAUGGAAUAUCAAGACUCUGUGAAAGAAAGACCCCUUGAGAACAAUAGAUCAGUAAAUAACAAAAACUCUGUUGAUCCAACUACCAAAGGAAUUGAUGAUUAUUGUAUAUUUGAUCCUUUUCCUGGUGAUUGUAAUAAGUUUGUCAGUUGUCAGGACAGAACAGAUAUCAGGAACUGUGGUAAAGGAACUCUGAUGUCUAAAUCCCGACAUGUCUGUGAUUACUGUCAGAAUUUAACAGACGAUGAGAAGAGAUUCUGUCAGGUCCAAUGUUAA